AUGGAUACCAGUGAAUCUGAUGAAAACAAACAUUUUCAAUCGUUAGAUAUUCCUAAAGAAUCUGACAAUAUCCAAUCUAACUCACCUGCGAAUUCAACAAAGAAUGAAUGCAGUCCGGCGCAUGCAGAAUCAACCAUUCCGUUUGUGUAUUCAAACCAGCCAUUAACUAUAGAUCAACAUUAUCAAGGCGAAUCGAUUUCUAGAAAUUUGUCUAUACCAGUGGCAAGGUUGACAAACGCAUUCCAAAGAAGAUUGUUAAAACAUGGACAACAGCAACCAAUUACAAAAAAAUUAAACAAAUGCUCUCAUAAAAAGAAACCGCACGAAUCCUUUUCAGAGAGAUUGUUCCAGAGUGCAAAGUCGAGUUUACCUACAUUAAAUUCUUUGGAUUAUAACAGAACAUCGAAGAAAACGAGACUCGAACCUAAACAAUUUUCAGAUACUUCAAAGUCCCCUUUGAUUUUGAGUUACGGCAGUAGUAUUUAUGUGGCAAAAUAUUCGUCGAUACAAGAAGCUCUACAAGCAGUUACUAAACGACAUACAGGGAAAAGGACUAAACAUUGUGGAAACAAAAAAAAUCGAGGGCCACUGAAAAUGUAUGAUCUCACCGUAGUUGAAAAAAACCCAGUUAACUCAGUGGCCGAAUCUGAAUCAAGGGUUAUGAGUAGUUUAAACGGACUAGAUAUGGAAAGAAAGUGUUGUCCAGAUAACGAUCAAGUUAAAUGGAAAUCAGAAGCAAAGGGUACAUCAUCAUCUUUACUUCAUGAAAUGAAAACGUCUGAACAACUCGGACAAAGAAUUAAAAAUAGUAGAAUCCAAUCAAAAAACCCAGUUUAUCAAAUGAUAGAUGAAUCUCGAGAAAUAUCCUCAUCUGUUGUACAGAAAACAGUAGAACCACAGUCAAAUAUUUCGUCAUCAUCACCCUAUUCACUGAAACUAGUAAUAAGCACACGUCGUCAAAUCGAUACUAGGCAAAUAAACAAAGGAUUCGGACAAGAGAAGCAGACAGAUCAAAUGGUCAAAACAAAACCACAAGAGAUACGUGCUUCUUUUCCGUUACCAUAUUCAAGAGAAUGUACGAAUUCGCCUGGUCAACUCGAUAGAAGACCUAGGACGAGAAGAAUUCACGUAAAAAAAUCGAUCGAUCAGAUAACAGAUGGACUAGAAGAGUCCGAUAUACUGUCACCUUUAUCACAUUCACCGAAAACGACAAUUAACUCUCCACUGUUAGUGUAUAGAGGACUUAAUAUUAAAGAUAAAAAGCCCACUGGUCAGUCAGCAAAUAUAUCGGGAGAGACAGAUGUACCAUUACUAUUUCCAUAUUCCCUAAAAUCCGGAAUGAAAAGUUUUCAUCAACUCGAUGGAAGACAAAAAAGAAGAAAAAUCAAACAAGGCAAAUCAUUUGAUAAAAUAAGAGAUGAAUUUGAAGAGAUAGAUGAAACUCAGAGUGCAUACCUUUAUCCGUAUUCUCCUUCAGAGGACGAAAGUAUGGACGAUUUUGAUGAUGAAGAAUCAAGCUCGCAGGAAGAUGAGGAUCAAUGUGAGGAGUCAAGUUCACAGGAUGAUGAGGAUCAAAGUGAGGAAUCAAGUUCACAUGGUGAUAAGGUUCAAAGUGAGGAAUCAAGUUCACAGGAAGUAUCAAGUUCGCAGGAAGAUGAGGAUCAAAGUGAGUCUGGUGUGCUUAAAGCCGUAAGUCUCGCAGAAAAGGAAAGUGAUAGUUCUUAUAAUUUUCCCAUUUUGCUUUCUCAAAGUGCUACUCCCAUAGAGAAAAAAAGCACCACAUACAUAGAAAGUUCUCAAAGUACUCAAAUAUCAAGACGUACUGACAACAAAAGUCCCAAAGAAAGUAUUCAACACCAUCAAAAUCUAUAUCCAAGAUCUCAUUCAAUGACUUCAAACCCUCUGCCAUUUCUACCACAUUCAACGAGUUCGCCGAGUUUACAAGAAGAAGCACAACCCCAGGGUCUUGUUAGUCAUCCAAAUCAACACACCUAUACAAGUCAACCGAAUUUAUCAGGUCAUCUCCGUUCUCAAGGGGAAAUCAGUCAUCAACGUUUAAAAAUUUCAAAACUUGAGAAACGUUCAACAAGUCGUGAUAAUCACCACAGUUAUGCUAGUUCCACAGAAAAGAAAAGUCCACUAAGUGCAAAGAUUUCACCAAAAGAAAGUAGCAACAAUGAGCAAAAUGUCACAGAAGACUACAAUCUUCCUAAUCCACCAAGCCCACCUUCUUUAAUAGAGGAAAAUGGGUGUCCCAGUCUAAAACGUCGACAAGAAAAGGGACGCCCCAAACGUCGCGCAAGCCCCCAAAGUCUUCCGGAGUAUCUCAGCCUACUAACUUCAAGACGUCUACAAAAAGAGGAACAGAUCAAGAGCAUUUCACUUUUACCUGAAAAUUUAUGUCCACCAAGAUAUCCACAAAAAGAGGAAAAUCAUACAAGUCUCCCAAUUCCUCCAGAAGAUUACAACUCAAAAAGUCUACCAAGUCCUCCAA